GGUGAUAGAAUGCGAUAAAAAAGUAAUGCAACUAAUUAGGGAAUCUUCAAGUGUCAAUCUCAAACAUGUGAAUACGCGCAUUAACUAAAUUAUUAUAACAUCUUCUGUAGACUUAAGCCAUAUUUUUCAAACCCCAACCAUGUGAACUUACUAGCAACUUGCUCCAAUUUUCCAUCUAUUUAAGCACACACGCAAUUGUUCAUCCACCAUGCAGGGCAAGCACUUCACAAGCUAAACUUGUUUAAUUUUGGCUAUCAAUCUUUAAGAGAUGAAGCCUUCUUCUUCCAUUUCGAUUGCCCUAGUACUUCUCUUGGCUCUAGUUGGCUUCUUUUCCCAUUGCGAUGCCACAGGUCGUGGGCUCUUGUAUCGACGUUUGUGCCCAAUGUAUGUCGAGGGCGGAGACGGUUGCCCUGACGACCCUCUUCCAAGGCCAGUAGUGCGUCCACCACCGCCUCCGCCAGCAGUAGUCGUCGUGCCGACGCCAAACCCUCCUCCUCCACCUCCAGCUUGGAGACCACCUUAUAAUCCUGACUGCCCUCGCCCGCGGCCAGGGUUCCCAAGAAUGCAAUGCCCUUAGUCAAAAUUUUGCCAUUCAAAUAAAAAAGGGCUAACAAACCCUGGCGUAUCCCUCGAAUUAAUUUCAUGCAUUUUCUAUUUAGUUCAUUUGCGGUUCCAAUAUCGAAUGGGCAGCUAUGCGCGUCCUUUUGAAUUAUGUCUUCCUGGUUGUAUUAUGUUUAUGCGCUGUGCUUUUAGCAGUGUUACUGCUCAAAGUUCGUAAGCAUUUAGCGGUGAAAUUUAAGUUUUGUUUCUCAAUGAUUAAUUAAUUUACGUGUGUUACGGCUUAUAAUAACCAAUAUUGUUUUCACUUUUCAGCAUGGUUUGGAUAGUUUUCAAUUUGAAAAAGUUAUUUCAUUUUACUUCCGUUUACGUAAAUCAUGUGGUUAAAAUGGGUGAGGACGACUAUGUAUGAAGAUUGAA